AUGUUGGCAUAUCACAACGCAGCAUCCAAGCGGCAAGGAUCCCGGCGCGACAUCAACCCCGUGCGCAGUGCACCGCCCCCGCCUGGUGUGCCGCACCGCGCCACAUUGUCGACCACUACCGUUUCCCGUCCUGCCCCCGCAACCAACCCACCGCUCGACUACUCGGAGAUUGAAAAGUACAAGAUUCUUGACACAGCCGGCACGGAUCGCCUGGGCCGCCACGUCUUUGUAUUCUACGCUGCCCACAUGCCCCCUCGUUCAGAGCUGAGCCACGAUGACCUUCUACAGUACAUGCAGCACACGAUGGACACGAUUGUUGACGCCGACUACUGCAUUGUCUACUUUCACCAUGGUCUGAGCAGCCAGGUAGCGUACCCUCUCACUCGCACAUGCCCAUGCUCACCCAUCGACCUCCACUCGCACACUCGCACGUGCAGUCUCACGCCUUUGGCGCAGAAUAAGCCGGCUCUCUCCUGGAUCCGCCGCGUCUACAGCAGCUUUGACCGCCGAUACAAGAAGAACCUCAAGGCUCUUUACGUAGUGCAUGCGACCACCUUUGUCAAGACCAUUCUCACGCUCUGUCGCCCCUUUAUCAGGUCUGCACGCACACGCCCACACAUAUUUGACGUGUGCGCUUGUGUCUCUCGUUCUAAUUUGGCCCCAUGCGUCGUGCCGGCCAAUCCUAGCUCCAAGUUUGGCAAAAAGGUGACCUUUGUCUCAAGACUUGCCGAGUUGAAUCGCGUCAUCUUUUUGGAUCAGCUCUCCCUGCCCUUCAUUGUCAAACAGUACGCCACGAUCUCCGGCCCCAUGGCAUCUCACCCAGCCAGCCCACCUGACCGCCCGCACAUCAAAUUCUUCGCGCUGAUAGACACGACGCCGAACUUGAUCGCAAAAAACCGGCCCCGGCAAGCCCGGCACCAGCCGCGAGUGCUGGUUGGUCCCAAGCGGGUCUUUGGAGUCCCCUCGCUGGCUAGUAUUGAGGACACCAACCCGGACGGCAUUCCCAACUUUUUGGUCAGCUGCGUCGAUUUUUUGACCUCCAACGGCCUCGAUGUCGAAGGCCUCUUUCGCCGCUCAGCCAACGCGAUGACCGUCAAUGAGGCCAAGGCCGCCCUCAAUAGCGGCCAACCCUACCCCUUUGAUGAGCAGACAGACAUUCAUCUACCCGCGGUACUCAUGAAAAGCUUCUUUCGCGACUUGGGCGAGCCCGCCUUUCCCUCGGACAUGUACCAUCGCUUCCUCAAACUAGCAGGCAUUCAAGAUGAGGAGGAGCGCCGUGAUCAAGCACGUGCCCUGAUUCAAGAGCUUCCGCCUGUCAACCUCACGGUCCUACGCUAUCUUUUCAUGUUUUUAAGCGACGUGGCCAAGCACCAGGAUGUCAACAAGAUGACAGAGCAGAACUUGGCCAUUGUCAUGGGUCCCAAUUUGUUGUGGUCGCAUGAGAUGGCAGCUAACUUGGCCGGUACGAUUGCCCUGCCUGCGUCUGCUGCUCCGCGCCUCAUGACUUUUGCCCACCGCUCUUACCAUCCUGUGAGAGACUCACUUGGUUUACUCACCCCACUUGGUACGGAAUCGUUGCGGACAGACAUGGGACUGAUCAACGCGCUAACUUCUUUUUUCAUCAGUAACGUGGAAGCAUGUUUUGGCUCGGCGUGA